GCCCUUUAAAAAUGCAAACGAAAAGUCAUUCAAGUGGAGUUCGCCAGUGUUGAGUUUUUUUUUGUGGCUCCAUCGCUCCCCUCCCGAAUUCCUUAUCAAUUUUUUUUUUCGCGUUCAAAUUUCAAUGCGUGUUAUGCCAGCUCGCAACUUUAUACGAACUUACCUGUAAUCAUGUAAUCGUGCUGCGUUUUCGUUGUUGCGUCUUUCGGCGAGUUCGAGGAAUAAUUCCAAGAAAGGAUCCUUCCUCAUUCAUAAGUGUGUGAUUAAGGGAGGGUGGGGUGGUUCAGUCCGCUCAUCACGAUGAUAAUGGACGCACUCAAGCAUUACGGGUUGAGCCAGCGCACGGAUCUUAGUCAGGCCAUCAACCUGCCGCUGCGGAACACACGACGGAUUAAGUUUACAUGCUGCGAUGCCUCGUCCAAGUACAUCAUCUUCGGGGCCAAUUCGGGAAGUUUGUACGUGUACGACCGGUUGACGGUGAACUUCCUGAGCAUAAUACCGAGCCAGCUGGGGGCCAUCAGCCAGAUUUGUAUCGCGCGCAACGGGAAGCAGAUUGCGGUGGCGAAUCAGCGCGGUGCGAUCGGAGUGGUGCUCGAGCUGGACAGUUCGGCCACGAAGGAGGUUCUGCUGACGGAGCUGGGCGAUGGCAGUGGGAGCAAGGGCGCCGUUGUCACGUGCUUCUGCUGGGGGGACGAGGACCGGGAGCUGUACGUGGGUGACUCGAAGGGGACCGUUUCGCUGCUGCAGCUGUCCAUGUUUAUGGGACGCAACAUUCUGAACAUCACGCUGAAUCCAGUGCUGCUGCUGGAUCAACAAAUCGUACAAAUUGAUCGCUUUAUGCAGCUGCUGCUUGUUUCAACGCACUCCAAGUGCGUGCUGUGCAACACGGAACGGGAGGAAUUUAAACAGAUCGGAAACCGCCCCCGGGACGGUCCGUACGGCGCAGCAUUCAUUCUGGCCACCCCACCAACACCCUCCGAGGAAACGCUCUCGAACGGCACCAGUGACGAGGGGGGCGCCACCGCUACAACCGACGAAGACAGCGACAACCGGAGCAGCGGCCAAUCGUCGCAGCCAUCGCCGACGCGCGAUCUCGGCGAUGUGCGGAUAUUCUGCGCCCGGCCGGGCUCACGCCUUUGGGAGGCGGACCUGGACGGGAAUGUGCUGCGGACGCACCAGCUGCGGGCGGGCAAUCCGAACGUGAUUGGCUUCAAGCGGCUCCAGACGGUGUCGGAGCGGCGGUUGCUGCUGGUGCAUGACGAUCGGGAGGUGUUUUUGAUUGAUCCGAUCGCGUCGCGGAUCGUGAUUGGGUUUGGCGAUGUGGGGGAGAUUGAGCGGGUCGCGGUGGUGGGCGAGGAGUUGUAUGUGUUUGCUGGGGAGCAGAAGCUGUUUGCGGUGAAGCUGGAGAUGGAGCAGAGGGAGGUGCGGACGAAAGUGGCGGUGGAGAAGCAGGUCAAUGGGAAGAGGGGGUCGCCGUUGAGGGAGAAUGGGGUGUACAUAUUGGAUCAUCUGUUUAAUAAUAACAACGGUGGGAAGGAUGCGGCGGAUGUAACGUUGAAGGAAGCGCUGGCGUCAGUUGUGCGGGGCAAGUACGGACGUAACAUUCGGCAGAUGUUCCUCGGGUACGAUCAGAUCGGUCCCGAGCGACCCAAGACGUUGAACGUAAGCAAGAUGUACAAUAACGAGGAGAAUUACAACAACAUGGCGCGAGUGUUGCCCACCGAUGAGGCAAGUCCUGCCGAGGAAGAUGACGAAGGGGAGGAGGAAGUUGUUCCGAAGCGGAAUCCGGCGCCGCGGAAAAUGUUCUCGAUGUCACUGCUGAGUGACUACCAGGUCAGCGAAGACGACAAGACGGUUCGGAAUCUGUACUUGGUGUACCGAUCGUCGACGAUUAGCAACUUGAACUUUUCCGAUCGCUACGCCAAGAUCUUCGACACGUACGACACGAACACGAUCGUGGGAUUGCUGCAAAAGCUAGAGGAGGUCAUGGAGGAGAAUAGCGAAGAUCAGUCCCGGUUGAAGGUUAUUCGGAUAUACUUUGACUAUCUGAAGGUGGAGCUCAUCUGGGAAAUUGACCACGACUCGCGGAGUUACAUCAAGCAAAGCUUCAUCGAGUACAACCAGACGCUGCUGGACGGGGAAUUGAACGCCCUACCGAAAUGCGAAGCCUGCGGUCACUAUCUCAGACCUAACGCGACCUGCCAUUUCACGGAGAUCGGCACCACCCUCAUUCAGUACUUCUGGUCCCGCCAGGAGUACAGCCAGUGCUUCGAGCUCGUUCAGCAAAUCCCCCAUCUCUGGCUCACGAUCGCCCGGUUCUACGUUCAAGAUCGCCGCGAGGACAAGGCCAUCCAGUGUCUGUGGAACGCCGGCGACUGCGAGCUGCUCGAGCGGGCCGCCACCGAGAUGUUCACGCCCGCCCAUUGGCGCCAGCUGCUGGAUCUGAUGCUGACCUGCUACAACAGCAACAGCCUGAUGUGUUUGAACUGUGAUAAACUGUGCACACUCGACGGUGGCAAUCCCAUGUGGCAACAACAGCCACGGUCAACCGACAAUAAUCCAAGCAAAAAAAGCAACAAUAACUGCGCGAUGACGCAGCCUAGCAGCACCAAAGGUAGUGUUAGUGUUAGCAAAGUGGGCAACUUUUACAGCUGGAACUACGUGCUGAACGUGGCCAUCGAGAGCGGCACCAUCAGCGGGAAGGCACUGCUGGCGUUGCUGCGCGGCUACGACGAGUACAUCCCGAAAGGAGCCAUCGAACCGGGCUUCUAUCUCAAAUGUCUGCUCGACGAGUAGGCCGCGUACAAUCGAUGUAAAUAUAGAAAUCUACAAAUCAUUUUCCGGUAGCAGAGAGGUUCAACUUUCUUCCGUUUAGAAUUGCGUGUUUGGUGACGCAGGCGUUACCGUUCGCCUAACAAAAAUCAUAACAAGAAACAACAAAUCAAUCGCAUAAUAAUCGAG